AUGCCAGAGAAACGAAAAGCCGCAGAGCUCGAGGAGCUGGAAAUCAAACUUGAUGAAAAAGCACCUCUAUCGAAAAAGGAGGCGAGAUUGCUCAAGAAAGGAAAAAAGUCUAUCGAUGAAAUACAGGCGAAAAAAGCUAUCGUUGUUCCUGUGGAGGAACCUAAGACUGCUAAGAAAGAGCCUGAAAACAAGGCUAAAAUAGGUGUCUGGAUUGGAAACCUUGCGUAUGAUACAACCAGAGAGGACAUAAUCAGUUUUUUGGUUAGAAAGAGUGAGGAAAUGGAACCAGCUAUUACCGAAAACGAUAUCACUAGAGUUAAUAUUCCCAAGAAGACCGCACAUAAAAUUAAAGGUUUUGCUUACAUUGACUUCAAAUCACAGGAACAUGUGGAAACAGCCAUUGCUUUAUCUGAGCAAGAACUGAAUGGACGCAGAUUGCUCAUAAAAGAUGCCAACUCUUUCGAAGGAAGACCUCAGAAGGCUGAAGAACCACUAUCCAAAAAUCCACCCUCCAGAGUUCUAUUUGUUGGAAAUCUCUCAUUUGAUACGACAGAAGAGCUUUUGGAGGAGCAUUUCAGACACUGCGGAGAAAUUGUUCGAAUCCGAAUGGCUACGUUUGAGGAUUCAGGAAAGUGCAAAGGAUUUUGCUUCAUCGACUUCAAGGACAUCGAGGGCCCAACUAAUGCUCUGAAAGACAAGACCGUGCGCAAACUAAUCAACAGACCUCUAAGACUGGAAUACGGCGAAGAUAGGUCUGCUAGAAAAGUCGGAAAAAGAGCUGCAGAUAGACCGACAAUUGCAGAGGACACAGGAGAGAGGCAAUUGCCUCAAAGACAAACAGAACACAAGGUUGUUGCAAGAGAGAGAAGCCUGGGAUUCCAAACCAAGAAACACAACUUCGAAAAAAAUGGUAGAUAUAGCACGCAUCAUGACCCGUCCAAAAGAGUCGCCUCUUCAGUGGCAUUGGCGAACGCCCCAAGACAGAGCGCAGCCAUAGUCGAGCCUAAGGGUAAGAAGAUUAAAUUUGAUUAA